AUGGAGCCUCAGAGAAGCCGCCACUUCUUCGGCACUGUGGACACCGGCGUGGGCAACGGACCAGCCGUGUACAAGGCAUGCGUAUCAGCCCUGGAGCGGAUCGGCGCCACAGGCAUUGAGGUGAUGAAAGGUCGUGUUCAUUGGUCAUGCCCACUGGACGCCGACCUCCAGAGCUUGCGCUGCUUUGAGAAGGUCUUCCUCUCGGCCUUCCGCGGGGGCCCGGGGGAAUGGGAAGCGGCCCACGGCGAGUCGCUGUGGGAGGAGGAAGUCAACGCGUGGUCUCAACUUUGCGGCCGCGUGCGCUCCUUCAGAGUCAGCUGCAAGCGCAGUGGCCGGAAGGAUGGUGCCAGCUCCCUUGCGAUCGAGAGGUCCAUAGGUGCCGCGCUUCAGGAUCGAUUCGGAUGGACCCUGGAUCUACGAGUCCCUCACUUGGAGGUGUGGAUCUUUGCGGUGGAGGAGGAGACGUGCGGAGGCCUUCUGCUGCUCCGUCAGCUAGAGUCGAAGCCGGUCUACUCUUCGGCUACGGGACUGCAUCCCAAUGUGGCCUGGGCAUUGGUUUCUGCGGCAGGUGUUCAACCAGGGGAAGUCUUGCUGGAUCCCAUGUGUGGCACAGGAAUGCUGCUCACGGAGGCCCCGAAGUCCUCCUAUGUCGUGGGUAGCGACAUCGACCCAGACAUGAUCCGCCGCGCUUCCGAGCACUUCCGCGCGCUGCGUCACCCGCGCUGGGCCUUGCUGCGGGCCGACGCUACGCGUCUGCCUCUCCCGGACGCCUUCGCCGACGUCGUGGUCUGUGAUUUGCCAUUUGGACGACAGUUUGGCAGCGUGGAGGGUAACAAGGAGCUCUAUCCAAAGUUGCUCCGCGAGUUCCACCGGGUUACAAAGCCUACCGGCCGAUGCCUGCUCCUGACCGCCGCCGAGAAUGAGGCGGCCCUGGCGCAGGCAGCUGCGCCAUGGUCCAUGGUGGCCAAGGCAUCGUGGAAGCUCGGCAACAAGCUCCCUGCCAUUGUGGUCGCCUUGACCCCUUCGGCGCGCGACGCGACCUACGCCCUGGACAUGUUCAACCCCAAGGCCGGUCGCUUCGCGCUGCAGAGGAAGGCGCUGAACCCCGAGCUGCGACUCUGCAGUUCGUUCGGUGCAGAAGACGGCGAGGAGGCAAAGCAAAAAGGCCUUGUGAACGUCCCAGACGCCCCGGUUCUUAGCAGGGAGGUGGGCAGCGACAUCAGCAACGCAAACCACCCCCUCUUGGCCUUGGUUGCUGGGGAUCCAGGGAAGUGCAUUCAGCCCGUCUGUUUUCGUCCCCUCUAG